GAAAGAUGCGAGUCGGCUCCGGCUGUCAUUCGGUUCAAAUUGUAAAACAUCUGAAAACAAAAUUAUUGUUUUUAAUUUGUUUUGAUUUUGUUGAAUAGAACAUACAUAAAAUAUCUUCAUCAAGUUUAGAUGAAGAUAAUAAUAAUUAGAUAAUUCAAAUCAAGGGGAUUAUCGCAAUAUUAAGCAAUAUAAAAUGUGAUAUAGAAAUUAAUUUCAUUUAAGUUUAAUGUGUGCAAUACACAUGCGUUGCAAAUACCAUGGUCAAAUUUUUUACUAUCCUACUAUACUAACCACUUACCAACCCCAUUCCUUGAAAUGUAUUCGCCAUCAACCCUUAUUCAACAAAAAAAUUAAUAGCUGCAAAGAAAAACGUACAACGCGUUGGAUGGAAGGAAUAUGUUCAAAUCGACAUUCUUUGGAAUAGUUUCGGUGUUUGUGGUUUGCAAUUUUUUAUGGACACUUCAUUUCCUGAAUUCGAGAAACUAUUUUCACAACAAAAGCCCCAACAUAUCUUUGAUAGCACCAAAGAAUUUAGACGAUAGAAUAACAAAUGAAAUAGUUGUUCCUAAAAAAAGCAAAGUAUCCGUCUUUUAUCCGUACAAUUUGGCUUUUAGUGGCAUUAAUUCAGAAAUUGGAAGAUGGGACAAUCAAAGGUUGUACAAAAUAUUCGACUUUGCUCUGGUGGGAGACAGAUUUGCAAAGCUAUCCGCCAGCAGCAUAGUGUGUUUGGCCACUCAAAGCUCCAUAGAAAGGUUGUAUUCAAUUGUCCAAGUCAGCAAGCAUUGGAUGGGUCCCAUUUCCCUGGCUGUUUUUGUUUCCGAUAAUGAGGAGUUUUCUAUUUUACAAAACUAUGUUACGUACUUGAGACUAUGCUUUGAUUUCAUCAAUGACAACAUUAGUUUUCACGUUCUUGUUCCGCAAUCAACAAGUCCACUAAAUACAUCCCAAAAGCAUUUCGCGUACACCACAAGCUUUGACUGUCACUCACCAAAGGUCACUUUAAGCAAAAUGUUAAAAUCUAGAAGCGUUGAAAGUUUAAAAUGGAGAUUAAGAAACGUCUAUCCGCAGAAUCAUUUGCGAAACCUGGCAAGGAAAGGUUGCCAAACAAAGUAUGUUUUUUUAACCGAUGUGGAUAUUGUGCCCAGUGAAGAUAUUUUCACACACUUGAGUGUGUUUCUGAGAGAAACAAAUUGUAGGAAAAUGUGCGCUUUUGUUAUUCCAACUUAUGAAAUUGAUAGUCGAGCCAAAUUUCCAGCUGACAAAGUUGAACUUCUCCGGCUGGUAAAGAAAAAUCUGGCCAGGCCAUUCCAUGAGAAUGUGUUUAUUUACAAUCAAUAUGCUACAAAUUUUUCGAGAUGGCAGAAGGAUUCAAGAUCUGAUCUGGCUACUUUUAUAAGUCACAACGUAACAAACUUUGAGUUUUUGUACGAACCGUUCUAUGUAGCGCAAGAUGAUUCUCCGGCUCACGAUGAACGAUUCUUGGGAUACGGAUUUACCCGCAAUUCUCAGGUUUACGAAAUGUUUAUAGCGGGUUAUACGUUCCAUGUCUUAUCCCCGGUAUUCACAUGUCACUGGGGCUUACAAAUGAAGAAAAUGAAACCCGCUUGGAGAGAAAAGCAGAACAAUAUUAACAGAAAAAGAUUCGAAUCGUUUAAAAAAGAAAUUCUAGCUCGCUACGGAAAGGACAACAGCUCACCUCUAACUCAAAAAUCUAAAUUAAAAAGUUGUACAAGAAAAUGAAAAUAAGUAAAUAUUAGAAACAAAAAGUAUGUACCUCUUUUAUUUAAAUAAUUAGUCUAAUCUAGUCUUACUUUAAGAAUAAAUUAAUUUUAAUGACAAAGAAAAAAACAAGAAGGGAUUUUGAAAAGCAUGAAAUUUGUGACAAAAAUUGAAGACUUAUUUUUAAGCUACAAUAAAUAUUUAUCUGGUUUGCUCAUUUAUUUAUUUACAUACAAACUUUUGCAUUCAAUUAAUUGUGGGGAUUUGAUAAAAAUAAAGAUAAGUGCUGUUUUUAUUUUAAA